AUGGAGCCCGUUCAAAUACCGUCAAUCACAGUGAUUGUCUCCUCGCGCGCCGUCAUUUCGGGGCGUUUGACGGCAGCCACUAUCGUAAUUUCCCGCACCAGUGGAAAGAUCACGGCGGUUUUCGAUUCCGUGAUCCCUGCAACCGACUUUCCUGCCGAUACCCCAUACACGGACUAUUCCCCUCAUGUCCUAAUGCCUGGCUUGGUUGACGCUCAUGUCCACCUCAACGAGCCCGGCCGUACCGAAUGGGAAGGCUUCUAUACAGGCACGCAGGCCGCUGCCUUUGGUGGUGUCACCACGGUCAUUGACAUGCCCUUGAACGCCAUCCCGCCGACCACCACAGUAGCCAAUUUCAAAGAGAAGCUCCGUGCAGCCCAUGGAAAGUGCUGGGUGGAUGUUGGCUUCUAUGGCGGCAUCAUCCCCGGCAACGCCGGCGAAUUGAAGGCUCUGGUGAAUGAAGGUGUUCGUGGCUUCAAAGGAUUCCUUAUCGAUAGCGGGGUUGACGAGUUCCCCGCCGUCUCCUCGGAUGACAUCCGAAAGGCUAUGGCUGAAUUAGCUGAUGAGCCCACAACCCUGAUGUUCCAUGCAGAAAUGGCUGGAGAGACGGAGCCGGCACCGGAAGGCCCCGUUGAGGCGUACUCCACAUUCCUCGCAUCUCGUCCGUCGUCUUAUGAGACUCGCGCUGUUGAAGAGAUCCUUUCCUUGUCCCAUCUAGCUCCUAAGCUCCCUCUGCAUAUUGUCCACCUCUCGGCAAUGGAAGCAAUUCCGUUGCUGCGCAAGGCUCGCGCGGAGGGUGUGCCCAUUACCGCUGAGACAUGCUUCCACUACCUAUCCCUGGCUGCCGAGGAGAUCCGAGACGGUGAUACCCGUCACAAAUGCUGCCCCCCUAUCCGUUCGCAGUCCAACCAGGAUCGCCUCUGGGAAGAGGUAGACCGUCACGCCGAUGACGGUGUCAUCAAGACCAUCGUGUCGGAUCACUCGCCUUGCACACCCGACUUGAAGCUUCUCCCAGCUGAUGUGCCUGGGGGCUGCACUUCGGAAAGUCCCGCCACCAACGAAGGUAGUUUCUUCUCGGCCUGGGGUGGCAUCUCAUCUGUUGGCCUGGGUCUUCCUAUCCUGUGGACCGAAAUCAGUCGCCGCAAAGGCCUCGCCACCAGCACCGACGAAACCAUGACCCAGCAAGCUCUCCAGGACAUCGUGCGCCUCUGCUGCGCCAACACGGCCCGUCAGGUGGGGCUGCAGAACCAGAAAGGCGAUCUUGUUCCCGGUCACGACGCAGACAUCUGUGUCUUUGACGAUACCACCGAAUGGGUCGUCGAGCCCAGCACCAUGCUCUUCCGUAACAAGUGCUCCCCUUACCAAGGCCGCACGCUACGCGGCAUGGUCCGCGAGACCUGGCUGCGUGGCGAGAAGGUUUUCAACCGUGAAGCUGGGUUUGCCAGCAAAACCCCUACUGGAGGUCUCUUGCUCGACAAGCGUGUUUGAUCUCUUGUCCUUGGAAACUUGAAACAGAGUCACAUGUUCGAGUUUGUCCUGACCAUACCUCAAACCAGCCCUUUCGAGUUGCUGUGCAACUCCAACCCCUUUAGCACGAUACCCGCUAUUGACGAUACCACUUAAUCACGACAUAAACCUAGCCCAGCGAGCAAAGCAUAUCAUCAGCAUUCUUUCUCAUAAGCAUCUCAAGAGUACUAAGUCAUUUAGACCAUGAAUACACGCACAUAUCUUUAUGAUGAACAGAAAGC